AUGAGUCUAACGAGGAGGAGGAUCGCCUUGAAGGAAGUUCAGGAAGGAUAUAAGAACCGGGCGAGCCUCCGCGACGCCGCAGUCUGGUUUCGAGCCUCGUCCGAAGAAGAUGAGGUCCCUCUUCUGCUCGGCCUUCUGGUUCAACUGGAUGGCGAUGGCGCAACGCGAUUCGUGGAUGUUCUUCCCCGCGAGGAACGCGGGCGUGAUGGUGGCGUCGCCCCUUCCGAGCCGGCGUGCUUCAGCUUCUCCUCGACAAAGUCCGCGGGACUCACGAUAUGUCGGCUGGCGGACGACUACGACCCGCCGCGGACGGCGGAUCCCGACAGCAAGUUCUUCUUCCGGGAUGUGCCACCGGGCUACAACCUGGUGCCGGGAACAAAGAGCUACCUGAAGAUGGUCUGGGACACGUUGGGCUCCGUCGGCGCGGCUGCGAAGUGCGCGGACGACGGAGGAGGGCUGGCCGUCCCGAGCCUGGAGCCUGUGUUCAACUACAUCAACAAGAGCCUGAUGGACAACGCGUCGAAGAUCACCUAUCCCUUCUACGUUUUCAGGGUCGAUGGGAAGCCGUUGCCGACGAACGGCUAUGUUUGGUUGUUCAGGGACGGUACGAACGUGACAUACACUGGAAGAGGUCAAGGCCACUUUCACCCUAUCCAUCCAACAGGGAUUGGUCCAUGCCUCGGGGUUGCGUACAAUGACAUCGGCGCCCCACCGAACACAUUCGGCGUCUGGGUGGACUCCCCCUGCACCGACGGCGGCGUCAAUGUCGGCGGGUACUUCUGCGAGAUCAGGGUCCCCGACGUCACCCCGCGCUGAGGAGCCCGGAAGAGGAACCCUGAUGAAAGCAAGAACGUUAAAUUUCCCAACAUAUUCUGUUAAAAAAUUUUUUCACGUCGGGUCAUUGAAGCACGAAUCCUUCGCUAGGAACAUUUUCCUUUUUCCUCACCUCUGUUACGAGCACUUCUCACCAUGCACCUCACCUGGCGAUUUGCACAGGACGCCGCCAAAGCGAUAUUAUUCCUCGAUCUCGAUGAAGGAAUGUCAACAAUUGAAUACUUGGUUUUUCGAAAUUCCUACCUUCGGGCCUGCUUCGGCUCACACGAAGUUCCAACACCUUCAAUUCUUACAAUGA